AUGACGGCGGCAGCUUCAAACUGGGGUUUGAUCAUGAACGUGGUCAACAGCAUCGUUGGAGUGAGCGUGCUGACCAUGCCUUUCUGUUUCAAACAGGUACGGUUACCGCUAUCUCACACCGGUCACAAUAUUAUUCCUAUUGCAGAUCUAGUUUAUGAUACGGUAACCUACUGGUGUGACAUAUGAAUGAAGCACCAUUUGUUCCGUGUUUACCUUUCUACGCGCCCUAACAGGUGUAAUAUACAGGCUGUGGACCUCAUUCUUUAUCUCUCUGAUGUUAACACCGUUGUACUGAAUUUCCAUUUUAGUCCCUUAAUAUGCACCUGUCAAUAUGAAAUGUGGAUGACACUGUUGCCUUAUUUUCUGAGAGUUUUGACAUAUCUCGCUUUGCUUCUCUCUCUCUAGUGUGGGAUAGUGCUAGGGACUCUGUUGCUGUUCUCCUGUUCGUGGAUGACCCACCAGUCAUGUAUGUUUCUGGUCUACACGGCCAGCAGCACCAAACGCAGGACCUAUGCUGGCCUAGCUUUCCAUGCCUACGGCAAACCAGGCAAAACACUGGUGGAGAUGAGGUAUGUGUCCUUUCCUUUGAGAGCCAAUGCUGUUGCCAUUAGGGCUGUCCCCAUCUAAAAAAAAUCUAAAGAAGACUUGAUGCUGUAAUUGCUGCCAAACGUGCUUCAACAAAGUACUGAGUAAAGGGUCUGAAUACUUAUGUAAAUGUGAUAUUUCCGUUUUUUGUAUAUAUAUAUAAAUGAACACACAAAAAUAAGACCUUUUUGCAUUGUCAUUAUGGUGUAGUGUGUAGAUUGAUGAGGGGAAAAAACAAUUGAAUCCAUUUUAGAAUAAGGCUGUAACGUGAACAAAAUGUGGAAAAAGUCAAGGGGUCUGAAUACUUUCCGAAGGCACUGUAUAUAUAUUUUGCUGCUACUUGACUAAAGAAAUCUCGGUCAACCAACAGCCUAUCAACCAAACAAUCGACCAGUCGAUUAAAUGGGGUCCGCCCUAGUUGACUAAAUGGGGUCAGCCCUAGUUGACUAAAUGGGGUCAGCCCUAGUUGACUAAAUGGGGUCAGCCCUAGUUGACUAAAUGGGGUCAGCCCUAGUUGCGAUGUAUAUCUUGCUAAUGUCUCUCCCGCUUCCUCCCCUCUCUCUCCUGGUCUCUAUUUCUCUGUGUCUCUCUGUCUCUACAGUAUGAUAGGUCUGAUGUUGGGGACCUGUAUUGCCUUCUAUGUUGUCAUCGCUGACCUGGGCUCUAAUUUCUUUGCCCAGUUGUUGGGCCUACCGGUAGGAGUCAUGAGUUUUGAGAUACAGAAGCAAUCAGAGAAUAGAACCAGAGAAUCGAACCCCUUCUUCCGUAACCUAGCUUACAUGUGAAAUGCACAUCAGAAAUCACCUGCAUAUAGACAAAUUAUAAUGUCAUCAUAAACGAUACAUAAACAUUCAUAAAUGCUCUGAUUGGAUGUACACUCUCAGAACUGACUGUCUGUGAUGUGAUUGGUCUGAUUAGUUUCCUGUCCUACCCUCCCCAGGGCUGCGUUCAGUACGAAAUAAUUUAUUGGAACGUUCAAUUAAACAGAAACGGUGCUGUACUUAACAACCAGUUAAAAACUGGGAGGUUGUAGUUUGGGGAACGAUCCCAUUUAAAUACUUCACUCAUUGCUUUAAGCCACACCCAGCCACACCUCUCCACACCCUGCCACACCCAAGAAAUUGAGCAAACGUACCUCAAAGUCUAUUUAAGAACGUACAAGAAAGUUUUGGGGAAACGUGUCGUUCAGUACAAACAGUUCCGCAACGUAGCAAACGUUAAAUUGAACGUUUCCAUGUACUGUUGCUGAUUGGUUUGAACUGACUGUAUGUGUGAUAUGAUUGGUUAGAGCUUGUGUCCCGCCCUCCGCAGGUGUCAUUCGGUUUCCGUGUGCUGCUGCUGAUCGCGGUGUCUCUGAUCAUCGUGCUGCCUCUCAGUCUGCAGAGGAACAUGAUGUCAUCCAUCCAGUCCUUCUCUGCCAUGGCCCUCAUGUUCUACACUUUCUUCAUGUUCACGGUGAGACCGCAACCAUACCAGGGAAGGGGGAGGGGAGGGAGUACAGGACUUCCUGGUGUAUAAGAGGGUCCUAUUCAGAUGGGGAAAAUGUUUUGCUAGUAGAAAUGUAACUCAAUAGAUGACUCAUCAUUAUUUCUAAAACCUAGCAUGAUGAUGAUAUGUGUCUUAAGUUUCUUAUCCCUGUUUCACGCUGACAGAAUAAUGUCUGUGGACAGUAUGAUUCCCUUGCCUUUUCUUUGACACUCUUGUGAAAUGUAUUGAUGUUGGGAGUGUUAUUGUUGUUAAUCUUAUUGUCACUGUCUAUUUCUGUAGUGUUUGCACUGCUUACACAGUUAGCCUUUAGCACUGUUACUGUAGUAUAGUAUAGCCUCUUAGUGCUAUCCUGUGUUCUGCCUCAACUGCCUGUAGUAGAACCAUGACGUCUCUACUGAACACCACUGUGACUUGGAGUACUGUGGUGUCUGGGAUUAGAACCAGACCCAGUCCUGGCCCUGACCACCGCCCAACCUGGUCCAGACCACUAACCCCUCUAACUGUGAUGUAUCUCCCUUCCUCUCCUCCUUCCUUCUCUCUCACACUGUCGUUCCUGACUCCUGCCCUCCCUCCUUCCCUUCCUUGCUGACACCUCCUUUCCAUUUCUCUCUACCUUCCUCUCUGUGACGGUUUCUCUCUACCUUCCUCUCUGUGACUGUUUCUCUCUACCUUCCUCUCUGUGACUGUUUAUCUCUACCUUCCUCUCUGUGACUGUUUCUCUCUACCUUCCUCUCUGUGACUGUUUCUCUCUACCUUCCUCUCUGUGACUGUUUCUCUCUACCUUCCUCUCUGUGACUGUUUCUCUCUACCUUCCUCUCUGUGACUGUUUCUCUCUACCUUCCUCUCUGUGACUGUUUCUCUCUACAUUCCUCUCUGUGACUGUUUCUCUCUACCUUCCUCUCUGUGACUGUUUCUCUCUACCUUCCUCUCUGUGACUGUUUCUCUCUACCUUCCUCUCUGUGACUGUUUCUCUCUACCUUCCUCUCUGUGACUGUUUCUCUCUACCUUCUUCUCUGAGACUGUUUCUCUCUACCUUCCUUUCUGAGACUGUUUCUCUCUACCUUCCUCUCUGUGACUGUUUCUCUCUACCUUCUUCUCUGUGACUGUUUCUCUCUACAUUCCUCUCUGUGACUGUUUCUCUCUACCUUCCUCUCUGUGACUGUUUCUCUCUACCUUCCUCUCUGUGACUGUUUCUCUCUACCUUCCUCUCUGUGACUGUUUCUCUCUACCUUCCUCUCUGUGAUGGUUUCUCUCUACCUUCUUCUCUGUGACUGUUUCUCUCUACCUUCUUCUCUGUGACUGUUUCUCUCUACCUUCUUCUCUGUGACUGUUUCUCUCCUCUCCUGUGUUCCGGCUGACUGCUGUCUGGCUGGCUGCUGUAGAUAGUCAUGUCUUCUCUGCGUUACGGCCUGAUCUCAGGCUCCUGGUUCGAGCGUGUGCAUCUGUGGCGGGUCAGGGGCGUCAUACAGUGCCUGCCUAUUAUCGCCACCACCUUCUGCUGUCACCCGUAAGUAACCAUGGAAACAACCUUUAAACUCCGACCUGGGGGAAGGUAUCAACUCCGACACUAAGGGGACGAAAUUCAACCCCCACCCACUAAUAGCAUCCUCCCUCUUAAUCUCCAAUCCUGGCAUUUCCAUUUCCUCUCCCCUCUUCAAAGAUAGUCUUUGGGUUGUUUGUGUGUCUGUGUUUGUGGUGUCUAUGUUUUGGAGGCAAGGGGGUUUACGGUUGUUGCUCAACCUCUGCCCCCCUCAACUACCAUCCUCUGAUGUGGAGGAUGCUCAUGGAGCUCUCUCUCUCUGGUCCUCUGGUGCUGGAUACAGGAAGCAGCUACAGACUGUAAAUGCCGUACCGAUCAAAACAUCUGCCCCUCAGAAAUGUAUAUUUAAUUUCAUGAUCAGUCUUAACAUUCUGCAUUCUAGUUUUUAGGGCUGCACGAUAGGGGCAAACAAAUAGAAUUGCGAUUUGGGUAAACUGUUGGAAUCAUAUAAAUAGAAUGAUCAUUCUAAUUUUCUGGUUGGAAUACAGUUUGGCAUGACAGCGAAUGAAAAGGUAAGGGAGGAGAUGAUUGUGACAGAGUAGGAACCAAAUGGUUGGUCAGUGUUUCCCAUGGGACCCUAAUUAGAUUUAUAUACACUGAGUGUACGAAACAUUAUGAACAUUAUGCUCUUUCCAUGACAUAGACUGACCAGGUGAAUCCAGGUGAAAGCUAUGAUCCCAUCAGUGUUGAUGAAGGGGAGGAGACAGGUUAAAGAAGGAUUGGUAGUAAGUGUCAGGCACACCGGUUUGUCUCAAGAACUGCAACACUGCUGGGUUUUUCACGCUCAACAUAUUCCUGUGUGUAUCAAGAAUGGUCCACCACCCAAAGGACGUCCAGCCAACUUGACACAACUGUCGGAAGCAUUGGAGUCAACAUGGGCCAGCAUCCCUGUGGAACACAACUCAAUAUUAGGAAGGUGUUGUACCUUUUGGUGUAAAAUAAAUACCUUUUGGUGUAUUUUACCCCCCUUUUCUCCCCAAUUUCGUGGUAUCCAAUUGGUAUACAGUCUUGUCCCAUCGCUGCAACUCCCGUACGGACUCGGGAGAGGUGAAGGUCGAGAGUCGCGCGUCCUCCGAAACACAACACAACCCAACCGAGCCGCACUGCUUCUUGACACAGUGCCCGCUUAACCCGGAAGCCAGCCACACCAAUGUGCUGGAGGAAACACCGUACACCUGGCGACCGAGUCAGCGUGCACUGCGCCCCCAGCGUGCACUGCGCCCGAAACGGGUGUUACAGAUGGCUGUUUGAAAUAUUGCAGCCUCUUGCGAUAUGGAUAUUGUGCAUGUCAAUAUUGCAAUUCUGAUUUAAAACUCUAUGAAUCGUGCAGGCUGUACUAGCUGGUCAUUGGGCUUGGGUACAUCUCUAACAGGUCAGAGAGGAUGAUGCUGAUAUGGUCACAGCAUUAGUAGGGCAGGAGGAGAACUGUUUUAUCAGCAUGGCAUCUUCUGUCUGUUUUUACUUUGUUCAAAUUCAUUUUCUCCGGUUCCUCCCCUCUGCAUUCUUUCACUCAUGAUCAGACAGGCCCUCGGCUUCUCUCCUCCUUCUCUUCCUCCUCUUCCUCUUUUGGUUCAUGCAGUAACUCUCCCUGCUCUCCUCCCUCCCUCCCUCCCUCCCUCCCUCCCUCAGAUGGUGCUGUCCUCAUUCAAACGUGGGCUGCUCAGUGGCUUGUGGCUGGGGCAGGUCAGUAUGGUGCGCUGGGACGGCAUCUUUCGCUGCCUCCCUAUCUGUGGCAUGGCCUUCGCCUGUCAGUCGUAAGUACCUCCCAGUCCCUCUCCGCCCCUCCAGCGCAUUGGUACGUAUCGUAUCCUGUAGCACGUAUUGUAUCCUGGUCCCUAAAAGGGUGAUAGGAUAGGGGUUGGGUUCAUUAGGCAUCAACAUGGGAGACACCUCCUUUUUCAAAUGGAGGGGUACCUACCUACCAAUACAUUUUAAAAUGUUUCCUGUUUUGUGCCAAUUGAACAUGACCAGGUUGAAGAUAAUAAAGGUUAGGAUAAGUUAUGAUUCCAUGUGGAAGCUUUUCGAAAAUAAACAGAUUCAUGGGACCAGCGGCGUUGCGAACUACCAGCACCGUUGCUAACUAGCAUAGCUGGUCCAAUUGUUGCAAAGAGUUAUGGGAUAUUAGAAUCCUCUUGUCUUAACCUUUGUCAUCUUCAACCUAGAACAUGAGCAGGAUGUAGAGUCUAGAGACAGAACAGUAGUGGGUAGAAUGGACAUGAUAGUUCAGGUGCUGAUUCAUGCUGCACCUAAUAUGUUGAAAUGUGUUAGUGACUGUAACUGUGCUGCUGGCAACAAUUUCAUUACGUUUUUUUGCCGAUGUUUACUGACAGCGGUCAAAUUCAACGGGUGUUGCGCGUUCUUACAUUUGUUAUUCUGCGCUCUGGCACACUCCGAUGAGAGUGCUCUGAAAUCGGAGUAGAUAGCCAGAGCGAAUUUACGAAUGCAGCCAAAGGCUUUAGGGGAGGUUAGUCUGCAAGGGGACGGAGACAGAGUUUUUGGGUGGAGAGUUAGGGGGAUGUUCGUAGGGGAGGUUGCUGAUUCGAUGUUGCACUUUCACAGCUUCACGCUUAACCAAUCAGCUUCUUCAUUCCCUGUCCUUUCACCAGUUACUGCUACUUCUGGACACAGUCCAGUGCUGUAGUUGGAUCUGUCUAACAAAGUGCAGAAUAUUGUUUCGGCACGGUUUUCAAGAGCUGCAUUCUCGCCUUGGGAAAAUCUAUUCUUUAUUACAACGUCAUUGUUUGCAUACUGGUUAGCUUGGCUGUUGAAGACAAGCCUGCAGACGAGAUGUUGAUUGGAGAUCUUGAGGAGUAAAGUCCCCCCCCCCCCCUACGGCAUAAUCCACCUAUUCCUCCAUCCCUCCAUCUUCACCUCCAUCUGCAUGCUCUGUUGCUACCCCCUCUCUUCUGUCAUCGCCAGGCCUGCAGAGGGGAAGGGGGUGGGGAUUCUGGUUGUGGUUAGGGGUGUGUGUUUGUGGUUGGACUGGGUUGUUAUUUUGGGGUUGACUUUGUUUGGGAAGUACGCUUGAGGUUUGCAUGUAUGAAGUAUCUUUAAGGAGUUUGAUGUGAGUUUUUGGAGGUGUUUGGGUGAGGUGGGGGAGGGUGAGGUAGUUGUUUGGGUGAGGUGGGGGAGGGUGAGGUAGGUGUUGGAUGGCUGAGGUGGGGGAGGGUGAGGUAGGUGUUUGGGUGAGGUGGGGGUAGGUGUUGGAUUCGUGAGGUAGGUGUUGGAUGGGUGAGGAAGGUGUUGGAUGGGUGAGAAAGGUGUUGGAUGGGUGAUGUAGGUGUUGGAUGGGUGAGGAAGGUGUUGUUUGGGUGAGGUGGGGGUAGGUGUUGGAUGGGUGAGGUAGGUGUUGGAUGGGUGAGGAAGGUGUUGUUUGGGUGAGGUGGGGGUAGGUGUUGGAUGGGUGAGGCUGACUGUGGUGCUGAGGCUGGAACAAGGCUUUAAUAAUUAUCACACUGAGGUAACACUGCUCUCAUCACUCUCUCUCUCUCUCUCUCUGUGUUUGUGUGAGAGCGCGGACACUCGUCCCUGUGUGUGCACGCACACGUGGGCCUGUCCCAUUGUGUGUUUGUAUGUGUGUCCCAGUCUAGCGGUGAUGAGUGAUAUUUGGCAGGGCCCUCUGUUGGCCAAUGGUCAAACAGCGAGUGGAGCGCUGCUCCAGCCAAACCACUAAUCAGACCACUGGACGGCGGCCAUCUUACGACACACUGAUGUAUUCACACACUGAUUAAACAGCUUUCAACACAUACGCUUUUUAUUACCUUUAUUAAAGCUGUUUACAUGAUUUAACAUCAGUUAUGAAACUGAGCAGUCAUAGAAUAUACAAACAAAAAAUGUCCCUCUGUGAUACUGCUGUGGAUCCAAACAAACCAGAUAAGCAAUAUGAAGACAAUAUGUCUUUAACUCUACCCACGUGCUAUGGUGUAAGUUUCACUUAUCGUUUUCAGUUUUACUAGCAGGAAUAUCACAAUUAAAUGUGUAUUGAACGCUGUUUUACAGACCGUAUGAACCAAAUGAUAAAACAUACAUUGGACUAAUAUUGGAUUAUUUUACAGACGGUGUAAACUGUAAACGGAACGAAAAAACAUUGGAAUGAGUUCUAUUGAGAGAAUGUACAGUACUGUACAGGUUUGAGGCCUAGUUCCAGUAAGCUGUUUUAUUUGACCUGGGUUAUAAGAUGGAAUAGUUCCUUAGUUUAAACAGGCGUCAAAGAAAAGCACCAUGCGACAGUGCUGCACACCAUAAAACCACAGAAGGAGUGGGAGAGAAUGAAAGAGUGUGAAUGAAAGAGAGAGAGAGGGAGAAUGCGAUAGAGAGAGACAGUAACUGUAUUCUCUCCCUCUCUCACACACUCUCACACAUACACACUCACACACACACACACACACACACACACACACACACACACACACAAAAGUGAGUGCAAAAAAGACUGCCAAGAAACCCAGCCUAGCACUAGGUGUAAAAUAGAAGGCCUGUAAAUUCCCCUUUUACAGUGCUGCUGGCCUGUUCUGUAACAGCGCUGUUCUUCUUUGUUUCUCAUAGAUAAUAACCAGCACUUCACUGCACUCCUCUGUCUGACAGACAGACUGCCUCACCCACUCAUUCUCACGUUGCACUAACACACACAUGCACACACACAGUCGCACACACAAGUCUUUCUCACCCCCUCUACCUACAAGUUCGUGGAAAUCCAACAGAAUUUUUGAGAAAUCCGCUUUUUUCUCUCUCCAUGAGAUCUGUUUAGCAUGUGAUCUAUGUGAUAUGAUACGAAUGCUGGGGUGUAUUCACUAGGAACCAAACAGAACCAAACGGGGAGGGACCUACCUGAAUUUGUCCAAUAGAAACUCUCGUUUUCGUUGCAAAACGUUUUCAGUUUCGAGUAAACGUGUGGCCUCCUGUAGCUCAGUUGGUAGAGCAUGGCGCUUGCAAUGCCAGGAUUGUGGGUUCGAUUCCCACGGGGGGCCAGUAUGAAAAAUGUAUGCACUCACUAACUGUAAGUCGCUCUGGAUAAGAGUGUCUGCUAAAUGACUGAAAUGUAAAUGUAAACGUUUUCCGUUGCAAAACUUUUUGGAUUAAUGAUUACACCCCUGAUCCUCACUGUUAAAUCUGAUCAUCUAUAAUGACUAGAGGUCUAAACUAUCAGACAAAAUUAACAUUUUUACCCUCUCAUGAUUUGCCUUGUCUAAUGUCUUCUCUGGCAGAAUAUUUUAGAUUUGGAUAAAAUUAUGAUUUUUAAGACCCCCGAAACAUUUGAUAAUCCACAAAGUCUUGAAGCUUUACCUUUCUAGUAGCCUAUAAAGUUUGUCCUGAAACUUGACCUCGUUUGUCCAGUCUGAUGUGGCAGCUGUAGUGUGGGCUGGUUGUUUGUUUACAGACAGGUGUUGCCUACCUACGACAGUCUGGACGAGCCCUCCAUCAAACGCAUGAGCACCAUCUUCACCACCUCCCUCAACGUCGUCACCACCUUCUACAUCACGGUAAGUGGUUCACGCUCAUGAUGUCACUUCCUGUCUCGAUGUCUUCGCCGCAUAGUACAUUGUUCUAUACUGCACGAUGGUUUAGGUGUGUUUUACAGUGCCUUCAGAAAGUAUUCAUACCCCUUGACUUAUUCCACAUGUUGUUGUUUCAGCCUGAAUUCAACAUGGAUUAAAUCAGGGGUGUCAAACUCAUUUUAGCUCAGGGGCCACAUGGAGGAAAAUCUAUUCCCAAGUGGGCCGGACCGGAAAAAUCAUGGUGUAUAUAUAACUUAAAAACAACAACUUCAGAUUGUUUUCUUUGUUUUAAUACGAUCAACAUACAACAUAAAGCUGGAGCCUGAGGACAGUGUGUCCAAAAUAGUACAAGCACAACAUCACUAUUAAUCAUAAAACACGUCAAGUUUAUUUGAAAAUUCUAAAGAAAAAGAACACACAAACACACAAUGCCUCAGUGAUUAACAGAACUGUUUCACAGAUCACAUAACUAUAUCAGGGUGUCAUUUCUCAGGCAGAAAUGUAGAUAAAAAUAAUGAAAUCCUGUUCCCCAAACAAGUGCAAGAACCACAGAGUCAAGAAUAGGUUAAAUAUACAAAUAAAAUAAAAACAAUUAAAAACAAUAGCACAUCAACAUAAAAACAUAUAAACAUAAAGCUGGAGCCUGAGGACAGUGUCCAAAAGCACAACAUCACUAUUAAUCAUAAAACACCUCAAGUUAUUUGAAAGUUCUGAGGACAAAGAACACACAAACACACAAUGCCUCAGUGAUUCACAGAAGUAUAUCACAGAUCACAGAACUAUAUCAGGGUGUCAUUUCUCAGGCAGAAAUGUAGAUACAAAUAAUGAAAUCCUGUUCCCCAAACAAGUGCAAGAACCACAGAGUCAAGAAUAGGUUAAAUAUACAAAUAAAAUAAAAACAAUUAAAAACAAUAGCACAUCAACAUAAAAACAUAUAAACAUAAAUCUGAAAGCGUUGCUCAAACUCCCGUAACAGUCCCGUUAUUUUCUCUUUGAACCGCUUCAUGUCUGCCACAUGUUGGGUCGCGCACACAUUUUUCAGACAGGGGAAGUGAGCUGCAUCACCACCGGCAAGUUGCGUCUCCCACAAUGACAGCUUCAACUUGAAAGAACGUAUGCUGUCAUAAUACUGCGUGACAACUUUGUUGCGCCCUUGCAGCUGUUUGUUCAAGUUAUUCAGGUGCUCUGUAACAUCCACCAUAAAUGCAAGGUCCUGCAUCCAUUCUGCGGAAUGAAAUUCUAACACUGGUUUGCCCUUUUCUUCCAUGAACUGUUCAAUUUCUUCUCGUAAAUCAAAGAAACGCCUCAGCACAGCACCUCGGCUUAACCAUCUUACCUCAGUGUGGUAUGGCAGGCCAUAGAUGUGGUCUUUCUCUCUGAGAAGGCUGUCAAACUGACGGUGAUUCAGGCUUCUGGAUCGGAUGAAAUUAACAGUUUGGAUGACCACCUUCAUGACGUUAUCCAUCUUUAAUGACUUGCAACACAAAGCCUCCUGGUGCAAAAUACAGUGAAAAGUCAAAAAAUCACGUCCUCCAUUUGCAGAUUGCACUUUCUCUCUGAACUUUGUCACAACGCCUGCUUUUUUCCCGAUUAUUGAGGGCGCACCAUCUGUAGCCAGGCUGACAGCGCGGGACCAGUCCACUCCGACCCUGUCCAGCGCGCCGACGAGUGCGGUAAAAAUAUCAGCUGCUGUCGUUGUAUCUGUCAUCGGCACCAACUCCACGAACUCCUCGGUGACGGUCAAUGUGUCAUCAACUCUGCGGAUGAAAAUGGCCAGUUGUGCAACAUCUGUAAUGUCCAUGCUUUCAUCAAUUGCAACCGAAAACGCAAUAAAUGACUUUACUUUUUGCUUCAACUGGCUGUCCAAAUCCACUGAAAGAUCGGAAAUCCUGUCUGCAACUGUGUUUCUUGUCAGGCUGAUAUUUGCAAAAGCCUGCCGCUUUUCAGGGCACACAAUCUCCGCUGCGUUCAUCAUGCACGUUUGCGGGCCUGAUCCGGCCCGCGGGCCGGACGUUUGACACCCCUGGAUUAAAUUGUCGUUGUUUUCUCACCCAUCUACACACAAUAUCCCAUAAUGACAAAGUGAAAACAUGUUUUUAGAAUUGUUUGCAAAUUUACUGAAAAUGAAAUGCAUAAAUAUCUCAUUUACAUAAGUAUUCACACCCCUGAGUCAAUACAUGUUCGAAUAAUAUUUGACAGCGAUUACAGCUGCGAGUCUUUCUGGGUAAGUCUCUAAGAGCUGUGCACACCUGGAUUGUACAAUAUUUGCACAUUAUUAUUAAAAGAAGUAUUCAAGCUCUGUCAAGUUAGUUGAUGAUCAUUGCUAGACACCCAUUUUCAAGUCUUGCCAUAGAUUUUCAAGCCGAUUUAAGUCAAAACUGUAACUAGGCCACUCAGGAACAUUCAACGUUGUCUUGGUGUAGACUACAGUGUAGAUUUGGCCUUGUGUUUUAGGUUAUUGUCCUGCUGAAAGGUGAAUUUGUUUCCCAGUGUCUGUUGGAAAGCAGACUGAACCAGAUUUUGCCUGUGCUUAGCUCUAUUCCUUUUCUUUUGAACCCUUCCAUCCUCUCCUCCUCCUCUAGGUGGGAUUUUUUGGUUACGUCAGUUUCCCGGAGGACAUAGCCGGUAACGUUCUGAUGAACUUCCCUUCUAACCUGGUGACUAAGAUGAUCCGGGUGGGAUUCAUGAUGUCAGUGGCGGUGGGCUUCCCCAUGAUGAUACUGCCCUGUAGACAGGCCAUCAACACCAUGCUGUUCGAACAACAGGUGACUAUAUACACACAUAAAGGUUAACACACCAACACACAUGAUAGUGAUGGGGGUAGGGGAAUCGAUACCGUUACAUAUCGGAAUAUGAUUUUUGAUGAUAUAUCGUAUCGUUUUGACAAUAUCGCAAUAAUAUUUUUGCGCUAGCUUUUGUACCUGCACCAAAACUAGCUUAGGCUCUCUAGGCCAUCUCUUGUACCCCUGCAGCAGCAAUAUGUUUGGAACAUCGAAUCGCAAUAAAAUCACAGUAUCGAAUCACAAUACAUAUGGAAUUGUGAGAAUCGCAAUACAUAUCGUAUCGGCACCUAAAUAUUGUGAUAAUAUCAUAUCGUGAGUUACCUAGCAAUUCCCAGCCCUAACACACGAACACACACACGUUUUUGUUUUACUAUCCUCGUGGAGACCAAACAAUUGAUUCCCAUUCAAAAUCCUAUUUUCCCUAACCCUAAAGCAUGAAAUUCACUUAGAAUUUGAGUGCCAAUAGGUACUUAUCACAGUAGGAGGCCGUUCCUUCUCUUGCUAGAACAAAAUACGUACCUGCUGUGUACCGACCUGGUACCGACGAACCUGCCGUUUCUACUUGUAGUAUCGCAAUGCUUGGCAGUGGCCGACAACUUGACUUUGAGCCAAUCAGAGAGCACGAACCUCCACGUGGGGGAGCUGACAGGAGUGACAAGAAAAAGGGGGAAAAGAGGGCCCAUUUUCCAUUCUAAUCCACCCUUUUCAUUACAAUUGUUCUAACUUAAACAAAGCUGCAUAAUACUUUUUUUUUUCUAGAGCAAGUCUUUACAUCUUUUACGUCUAGCUAAGGAUUUCUGUGCUUGAAUAAAUAUUUUUUUGUUAGGUUUGAUAAUGUGCGCUAGCUUAUUAGUUUGUGAGCUAGCUAGCUAGCUAACAUUACCUUGCUAACUGAGCAAGGCAGUCACACACACUUCAUAUGAAACUAGUAGGGUGGUAAGUGCAGCACAAUGCACACAACACUAAAUGCUUUACCAAGCUAGCUAUCUGGCCACUGUACCUAGUAACAUUAUAAUUCAAUCACAAUUGAUUUGUUUCCAUGAAGCUGGCUGCUGAUAGCCAAUGCAGUGUCUUUACCUAGCUAGCACAACAGGUAGUUAGCUAGCGUAUCAUGCUAACAAUUUAGCCAGCUAGCUAAACAUGUAUCUACGGGCUGUAUGCGAUUAUGGAGAAUUAAUUAAAUUGUUUAAUUGUCAUCUUGCUAGCUAGUUAUCUAGCUGUGGCCAUCUGGCUAGUAUCAACAAGGGCUUUCUACAACAAUAGCAACAUUGGCGUAUCUAACAUUGACUAGACCAUAAAGCAACAGACACGGACAUGCAUUGCCAAACAAUGCUACUGCCACCUUCUGGUUUGGAGUAUUUUAACAAGUCUGAGUGGCUGACGACUUCAAGAUCUUUGCUGUUUGAACACAAAAGAGAUUGACUGCCGACACUCUGUUCAGAGGUGCUAAGUACUGUCGGCAGGCAAACGCUUGACAAUCCUACCGGUGUGUCUGAGCUAUAAACCUAAUCCUAACUCCUAAACCUAACCCCUAACCCUAAUUGUAACCCUAAUAGAAACCCUCACCCUGAACCCUGAAUCUAACCCCCAAGCCCAAAAUAGCCUGUUUCCUUGUGGGGACCCACUGUUAUCCUUGUUUUACUAUCUGGUCCCCGUAAGGAAAGUAAAACCAAAACAGAGACACACACUGUAAAUAGUGAUAUGAUAUUAUCAUUCCCUAACCUGGAAGAGCUUUACUGUAGAACACUGUUAUAAUGAAUCUCUGUCUCUCCCCUCUGUUUCUCCCUCUCAGCAGAAGGACGGGACGUUUGCUCCGGGGGGGUACAUGCCUCCACUGCGGUUUAAGAUGAUCACCCUUGCCAUCGUCUUCGGAACCAUGCUGGGAGGCAUCCUCAUCCCCAAUGGUGUGUGUGUGUGUGUGUGUGUGUGUGUGUGUGUGUGUGUGUGUGUGUGUAUGUGAGUGCAGGUCUUUAAGGUGUGUGUGCUGUGUCAUGUGUGUUGUAGCUUAGGCUGUGUGAAUAGCCUGAGCUACACUACCAUUCAAAAGUUUGGGCUCCCUUAGAAAUGUCCUUGUUUUUGAAAGAAAAGCAUUUUUUUUGUCCAUUAAAAUAACAUCAAAUUGAUCAGAAAUACAGUGUAGACAUUGUUAAUGUUGUAAAUGGCUAUUGUAGCUGGAAACUGCUGAUUUUUAAUGGAAUAUCUACAUAGGCGUACAGAGUCCAUUAUCAGCAACCAUCAGUCCUGUGUUCCAAUGGAACGUUGUGUUUGCUUAUCCAAGUUUAUAAUUUUAAAAGGCUAAUUGAUCAUUAGAAAACGCAAACUGGCUCUAACCAGAAUAGAAAGAGGAUUGGGAGGCCCCGGUGCAAAGAAUAAGCCAUAUCUCAGACUGGCCAAUAAAAAUAUAAGAUUAAGAUGGGCAGUCUGAGAUAUGGCUUUUCUUUGCAACUCUGCCUAGAAGGUCAGCAUCCCGGAGUCGCCUCUUCACUGUUGAUGUUGAGACUGGUGUUUUGCGGGUACUACUUAAUGAAGCUGCCAGUUGAGGACCUGUGAGGCGCCUGUUUCUCAAACUAGACACUAAUGUAUUUGUCCUCUUGCUCAGUUGUGCACCGGGGCCUCCCACUCCUCUUUCUAUUCUGGAUAGAGACAGUUUGCACUGUUCUGUGAAGGGAGUAGUACACAGCGUUGUACGAGAUCUUCAGUUUCUUGGCAAUUUCUCGCAUGGAAUAGCCUUCAUUUCUCAGACCAAGAAUGGACUGACGAGUUUCAAUGUUAUGUUAUUUUAAUGGACCAAAAAAUUGCUUUUCUUUCGAAUACAAGGACAUUUCUAAGUGACCCCAAACUUUUGAAAGGUAGUGUACAUCAGUGACCGUCACACCUCUAACUUUUAUCUCCUCUGGACGAACAGACAGGAAGAUAGAGCUGUUAUUCUCCCUCGUCAGACACACACCCCCUCUGGCUCAUAGCCCCCCACAAAACACACACCGCACACACACUUGUUCUUUAGCGGUCUCCGUUAGUUGUGUGUUUUCUGUAAUGAUGAUCUAGAUGUGAAGGUUGGGGUUAGUUUGCAUGUUUUAUUCAUCUUGUUUGAAAAUGUAUGCACUCACUAACUGUAAGUCGCUCUGGAUAAGAGCGUCUGCUAAAUGACUAAAAUGUAAAUGUAAGGCUAUUAGUUAGGCUUGUGUUUGGGUAGGGACGCGCGCACACACACACACGCGCGCGCUGGGGUGUGUGUAUCUAAUCAGGCUAAUGGAGAGAAAGGGGGAUGGGGGACUCAGAGGGGAAACAGACACUAAAUCUGAGGCACACAAUAUGGCCUUGGUUCCCAGGAGGAGAGAUAUGGCCUGGUUCCCAGGAGGAGAGAUAUGGCCUGGGUUCCCAGGAGGAGAGAUAUGGCCUGGGUUCCCAGGAGGAGAGAUAUGGCCUGGGUUCCCAGGAGGAGAGAUAUGGCCUGGGUUCCCAGGAGGAGAGAUAUGGCCUGGGUUCCCAGGAGGAGAGAUAUGGCCUGGGUUCCCAGGAGGAGAGAUAUGGCCUGGGUUCCCAGGAGGAGAGAUAUGGCCUGGGUUCCCAGGAGGAGAGAUAUGGCCUGGGUUCCCAGGAGGAGAGAUAUGGCCUGGGUUCCCAGGAGGAGAGAUAUGGCCUGGGUUCCCAGGAGGAGAGAUAUGGCCUGGGUUCCCAGGAGGAGAGAUAUGGCCUGGGUUCCCAGGAGGAAGGAUGGGGCCUGGGUUCCCAGGAGGAGAGAUGGGGCCUGGGUUCCCAGGAGGAGAGAUGGGGCCUGGGUUCCCAGGAGGAAGGAUGGGGCCUGGGUUACCAGGAGGAGAGAAAUGGCCUGGGUUACCAGGAGGAGAGAAAUGGCCUGGGUUCCCAGGAGGAGAGAAAUGGCCUGGGUUCCCAGGAGGAGAGAUAUGGCCUGGGUUCCCAGGAGGAGAGAUAUGGCCUGGGUUCCCAAGAGGAAGGAUGUGGCCUGGGUUCCCAGGAGGAGAGAUUGGGCUUGGGUUCCCAGGAGGAGAGAUAUGGCCUGGGUUCCCAGGAGGAGAGAUUGGGCCUGGGUUCCCAGGAGGAAGGAUAUGGCCUGGGUUCCCAGGAGGAGAGAUGGGGCCUGGGUUCCCAGGAGGAGAGAUGGGGCCUGGGUUCCCAGGAGGAGAGAUGGGGCCUGGGUUCCCAGGAGGAAGGAUGGGGCCUGGGUUACCAGGAGGAGAGAAAUGGCCUGGGUUCCCAGGAGGAGAGAAAUGGCCUGGGUUCCCAGGAGGAGAGAUGGGGCCUGGGUUCCCAGGAGGAGAGAUGGGGCCUGGGUUCCCAGGAGGAAGGAUAUGGCCUGGGUUCCCAGGAGGAGAGAUGGGGCCUGGGUUCCCAGGAGGAGAGAUGGGGCCUGGGUUCCCAGGAAGAAGGAUGGGGCCUGGGUUCCCAGGAGGAAGGAUGGGGCCUGGGUUCCCAGGAGGAAGGAUGGGGCCUGGGUUCCCAGGAGGAAGGAUGGGGCCUGGGUUCCCAGGAGGAGAGAAAUGGCCUGGGUUCCCAGGAGGAGAGAUAUGGCCUGGGUUCCCAAGAGGAAGGAUGUGGCCUGGGUUCCCAGGAGGAGAGAUUGGGCUUGGGUUCCCAGGAGGAGAGAUAUUGCCUGGGUUCCCAGGAGGAGAGAUUGGGCCUGGGUUCCCAGGAGGAAGGAUAUGGCCUGGUUUCCCAGGAGGAGAGAUUGGGAUGGGCUCCCAGGAGGAGAGAUUGGGCCUGGGCCCAGCGCCCAGACAGACCUCCCCAGGGGAGGGAGGGAUUGUGUCAGGAGGAGGAUUGCACUUGUACUGUCUUGAAACACAGGGUCUGGAAGUGAAGCUUGUGCUAGAUUAGAUUAGGGGUGUGUACAUUUGUGCUUCAUUUGGGACAGGGUCAUGGACCAGAUGGGUUGGACGGGGCAUGGGGAUUCUGACUUCUGAUUGAACAGGAACGCUAAGCCAUGUCCCUUUCUGUCUGGAAAAGUUGAGGAGGUGCAGGAGGAGGUGCAGGAAGAGGUGGAGAGAAAGAGAAGAGUGGAAGAGGAGGAUGAGGACUGUUAGCCUGGCUGACAUGUAGACCCACCUGGUACACUAUCAGCUACAGUAUGUGGCUUUAGCCAGGCAAGUGCAUUGUGUGUGUGACUUCAUGUUUGUCUCUGCUCCUUCCUCUGUAGUCGAGACCAUCCUUGGUCUGACUGGAGCCACCAUGGGCUCCCUCAUCUGCUUCAUCUGCCCCGCCCUCAUCUACAGAAAGAUCCAGAAGAAUGGACUCACCGCACAGGUACCACACACACACACACACACACACACACACACUAUCUCUACUAACCCCAUCGCUGACCAACAUCUCUCUCUCUCUGUCUCUCUCUCUCUCUAGUUGGUGUUGUGGGUGGGGUUAGGCAUCCUGCUGGUUAGCACCUUCACCACGCUGUCAAUCUCAGCCAGUGACUACACCCCCAAGCAUCCCCCUCCUCCCCCUGCAGCUGACAAGAGUGCCAUCUUUGCAGUCCUUCCUGACAUCGCUGAUUUACUGAAUGGUACGGACCAUAUUACAACGUUCCUUCGCUGAGUCAACUAUUCUAUUCAGUUCUAAGUCUGAGAUGCUCCUAACUCCACAAGAUCACAUUU